GGCCUCGGAUCCUGGCCUGGUCGGGGUGCCGCGAGAGGCCGGCCAGUGGGGGUGCUGGGGUCGGGCUGGAGGGGAUCUGAUUGGGGGACGCGUCUGGGGACUGCUUAGGGCCUGGUCGGGGGACGUCGCGAGGAUCGGGGCUUGCCUUGUGCCAUGGACUGGCAGCCUGACCAGCAGGGCCUGCAGCAGGUCCUGCAGCUGCUCAAAGACUCGCAGUCGCCCAACACAGCCACACAGCGCAUCGUGCAGGAUAAACUCAAACAACUCAACCAGUUUCCCGACUUCAACAACUACCUGAUCUUCGUGCUGACCAGACUCAAAACGGAAGAUGAGCCCACGCGCUCCCUCAGUGGCCUCAUCCUGAAGAACAACGUGAAGGCCCAUUACCAGAGCUUCCCACCUCCUGUGGCUGACUUCAUCAAGCAAGAGUGUCUCAACAACCUCGGCGAUGCCUCCUCGCUCAUCCGGGCCACCAUCGGUAUUCUCAUCACCACCAUCGCUUCCAAGGGCGAGCUGCAGAUGUGGCCUGAGCUGCUGCCGCAGCUGUGUAACCUGCUCAACUCAGAGGAUUACAACACUUGUGAGGGGGCUUUUGGAGCCCUGCAGAAGAUCUGCGAAGAUUCCUCAGAACUCCUGGACAGUGACGCUCUCAACAGGCCCCUAAACAUCAUGAUCCCCAAGUUCCUACAGUUCUUCAAGCACUGCAGCCCCAAGAUCCGGUCUCAUGCCAUUGCCUGUGUGAACCAGUUCAUCAUGGACCGGGCCCAGGCACUAAUGGACAACAUUGACACCUUCAUCGAGCACUUGUUCGCCCUGGCUGUGGAUGAUGACCCUGAGGUGCGGAAGAAUGUCUGCCGAGCCCUUGUGAUGCUCCUGGAAGUGAGGAUCGACCGGCUCAUCCCCCACAUGCAUAGCAUCAUCCAGUACAUGCUGCAGAGGACCCAGGACCAUGAUGAGAAUGUGGCCCUUGAGGCCUGUGAAUUCUGGCUAACACUGGCUGAGCAGCCCAUCUGCAAGGAGGUCCUGGCCUCCCACCUGGUCCAGUUGAUCCCCAUCCUUGUGAACGGGAUGAAGUACUCCGAGAUCGACAUCAUCCUGCUCAAGGGAGAUGUGGAGGAGGACGAGGCGGUGCCUGACAGUGAGCAGGACAUCAAGCCACGCUUCCACAAAUCACGCACAGUGACGCUGCCCCAUGAGGCCGAGCGGCCUGAUGGCUCCGAGGACGCAGAGGACGACGACGAUGAUGACGCUCUGUCUGACUGGAAUCUGAGGAAGUGCUCCGCAGCUGCGCUCGACGUCCUCGCCAAUGUGUUCCGGGAGGAACUGCUGCCACAUUUACUCCCCCUCCUCAAGGGCCUCCUCUUUCACCCUGAGUGGGUGGUCAAGGAGUCAGGCAUCUUAGUGCUGGGCGCCAUUGCCGAGGGCUGCAUGCAGGGCAUGGUGCCCUACCUGCCUGAACUGAUCCCACACCUUAUCCAGUGCUUGUCAGACAAGAAGGCCCUGGUGCGCUCCAUUGCCUGCUGGACACUGAGCCGCUAUGCUCACUGGGUGGUCAGCCAGCCUCCUGACAUGCAUCUCAAGCCUCUGAUGACAGAGUUGCUCAAGCGCAUCCUGGACGGCAACAAGAGGGUGCAGGAGGCAGCCUGCAGUGCCUUCGCCACCCUGGAGGAAGAGGCCUGCACGGAGCUGGUGCCCUAUCUCAGCUACAUCCUGGACACCCUUGUCUUUGCCUUUGGCAAGUACCAGCACAAGAACCUGCUUAUCCUCUACGACGCCAUUGGCACCCUGGCUGACUCUGUGGGCCACCACCUCAACCAGCCGGAAUACAUCCAGAAGCUGAUGCCCCCACUGAUCCAGAAGUGGAAUGAACUCAAGGAUGAGGACAAGGAUCUCUUCCCCCUGCUGGAGUGCCUGUCUUCAGUGGCCACUGCCCUGCAGAGUGGCUUUCUGCCCUACUGUGAGCCCGUCUACCAGCGCUGUGUCACCCUGGUGCAGAAGACACUGGCCCAGGCCAUGAUGUAUACCCAGCACCCUGAGCAAUACGAGGCACCCGAUAAGGACUUCAUGAUCGUGGCACUGGACCUGCUCAGUGGCCUGGCUGAGGGCCUGGGUGGCCACGUGGAACAGCUGGUGGCCCGAAGCAACAUCAUGACACUGCUCUUCCAGUGCAUGCAGGACUCAAUGCCUGAGGUGCGGCAGAGCUCCUUCGCUCUCCUGGGGGACCUCACCAAAGCCUGCUUCAUCCACGUCAAGCCUUGUAUUGCCGAGUUUAUGCCCAUCCUGGGCACCAACCUGAACCCCGAGUUCAUAUCUGUCUGCAACAAUGCCACCUGGGCCAUCGGGGAGAUCUGCAUGCAGAUGGGGGCUGAGAUGCAGCCUUAUGUGCAGAUGGUCCUCAACAACCUGGUGGAAAUCAUUAACCGGCCUAAUACGCCCAAGACCCUGCUGGAAAACACAGGUCGCCUGACGAGUCCCUCUGCCAUUCCAGCCAUCACCAUCGGCCGCCUGGGCUAUGUGUGCCCACAGGAGGUGGCACCCAUGCUGCAGCAGUUCAUCCGGCCUUGGUGCACAUCCCUCAGGAACAUCAGGGACAACGAAGAGAAGGACUCGGCCUUCAGGGGCAUCUGCAUGAUGAUUGGUGUCAACCCUGGGGGUGUCGUGCAGGACUUUAUUUUCUUCUGCGAUGCUGUAGCCUCCUGGGUGAGCCCGAAAGAUGACCUUCGGGACAUGUUUUAUAAGAUCCUCCAUGGUUUCAAAGAUCAAGUAGGGGAGGAGAAUUGGCAGCAGUUCUCGGAGCAGUUCCCGCCGCUGCUCAAGGAGAGGCUGGCAGCCUUCUAUGGGGUCUAGGCCGAUGGGGAGACUGCCAGGUUUCUGUCUGCAUCGUCGGAGGGAUUGCUAGGGAGCGCGCUGCGUCCAGAAGUCGCUGUGCCCUGGUCGAGGGGGGUUAGGGAGGAGUGAGUGGGACCCAAAUCCAGAUGCCUUCCCUGUCGGUCCGCCUGUCUGUCUGCCUGCCCCACUAGGCCUGUUUGGCAGGUGCUCGGGCAGAUGGGUGGGGCCCCCAUGCUCAUCCUAUGCACAGGGAGGGGGGUGGGACUUCGUGGUGGGCAGAAGCCCCUGAUGGGCAUCUCAGGCAGCCCACAUGGGUCAGCCACAAGGGAGGGAGGAAUCCACACGGCCG